AUGAUAGGACUACCAGAUGAAACGGACUCACAAAAAGACACUUCAAUAACAUUUUCGAAACUCAUCAAUUGCGUAAGGAUCUACAAUAUCCCCGUUUUGAACUUUGCGAUCAUCUUGACGCUAGUGGCGUUUCUCCUCAAACUCACUACAAAGUACAAGGAGUUGUACAUGAAAAGCUCCCUCAUUACCAUCAUUGUAACAAAUUUGGUUCUUUAUGGAAUUUCGGAGUCUUUGGCACAAACGAUCCUCUCCUUCAAACCGGAAUCUCCUCAAUUCUCUAUCUAUGUGAAUUCUUAUAUCUACCCCAGAUUACGACCAUCAGAUGUAGAGAACAACACCCUGGUACAAACAACUUCAGGACCAAUAGAAUUGAGAGAUGAGACAGAAAUUAGUGAGGAUGAUCUUGAUAGAUUCCUCGAUUACUUAGGAGGACCUGGCUCUGGUAGCGAGGCACCAUUUCUUGUGGAUUCGAGCACUGAUACACCAGCAAUAUACAACUCAAUGUCCACUAUUGAGCCGACAUACUUCAAUUUUUAUCGCUUGAGUGGUUUUAUGUGCUGGGGCUUUAUUAUGGCGUUUGUCCAAUGCUGGUGGUACAAGUUUCUUCAGAUAUACUCGAAGCACCCACAAUUUGUAGAAGUGCUUCGAAAAGUUAUGUCCGACCAGUUUUGUUUCUCACCGAUUUCUCUCUUUUGCUUUUUUACUUACGGAACUAUAGUAUUGGAAAAUGGCACAUGGGAGGAUGCGAAAGCGAAGCUCCUGAAACUUUACCUUCAGACUCUAGUCAUCAAUUACUCUGUUUGGUUCCCCGUUCAAUUCAUCAACUUUUUGCUCAUUCCUAGAGACUUUCAAGUGCCUUUCCUGUCCUCGGUGUCCGUAUUGUGGAACUGUUUCUUGUCCAUGAGAAAUUCUUCAGCGUAG